AUGGGAUCUGCAGAUGUCACCGAGUCUCAGUUCACCUCAGACUAUGCUCACGGACCUCCAUGGGUGUUCAAAGGCAGGCAAGACACACGCUGCUUCAAGUUUUUACUGAUGUUUCUAAAGCCCGUUUUGACCCAUGGAUUGACGAUUGCAGUGUCAAUUUUCUAUAUUUUCUCAGAGCGCUCUAUCAGCUUCAUCUCGUGAAGAAAGAAAUCGCCUGUAAGUUAAUCCCUAAAGAGCUGAAACUGGUGGAAGCAUUUGGGUAAGGGCCUUCACAAUGCAAUGCUUUCUCCUUGGGUCUUCGAAAGUCACAUCGCUUUGGAGAUUCUUUUUCCUCAUCGGUCGGAAGUUUACCUUCUUGCUUGCUUUUGAACACAAGCAUCCAUAUUGCAGAUACACGCUCGGUGGUCUGUUUCUUGCUCACUAUGAUGCCAGCCCAGCUGGGGUAUUUGACGAGGUUGGCCAUGUUUGACUGGUUUUAUCGUUAUUUUUGCCCAAAUAGUCAGCUAAAUGGAUAAGUUGUCUGGUGAGAGUAGUACUCAUGGGAUAUACCAUCUGUAUUUCUUAGACAUAGGGAAUUUGUGCAGUAUGCAGCGCAUGACUCGAUUGCCCUCCUGGUUUGAUUCUCUUGUUAUUCGGUAAGUUAUGAGAGAUUAUAACUGACUCAAGAUUGCGCUGUUCUGUCUCUGUUCCCAGCUCGUGGUCAUUUCAGGCAUCGUGUGGAAUCCUCCAACCUCAUGCGCGUACGUUUCUUUAUUAUGCCUAUUAUUUUCCAAAUGUCCGCGGUCAUGAUAUAUACAGGCAUUUUUCAUCUUUGGAGUUGAGCUGAUUUUUGAUAAAUGGUAUUGGAAUUUCUUUCUGAUAGAUGGGCGACCAGGGUUCUAGUCAGUAGUCAUGAAGCAUGCCGGCAUGGAAGAAAGGUGGGACACAGGAGGAUUUCUCAUCAGAUGUUGCCAUCUGUUUGACCCUUGUGUAUGUGAUUUUCGCUUUCUUACAGGAAAUAGGACUUCCAAGCCAUUUUGCUGAAUUUUCAAAGGUAAAAUUCGAUAGAAAUAUAUGCUUCUCAUACACUUCGCAAGGGCUAUUUGAUGCACAUUCGUUAUGUGGACGAGUGAUUGAGCCUAGAGCUUCGGAUGCAUUUUCUUUUGGAUUGUCGCAUGAGCCUUUCAUUAGAAAAAUGUAUCGAUUAGUUUGAAAUUUUAGACAAGUCACCAUUUCUGAAAAUCAGAUUCACAUGAUAACUUAUUAUGAGAUAGUAUGCCUUGACUCGCAACUGGGUUCACAUGAACGGAAUCCUCUGUGCGCCAGGAAUAUGAAUCCGCGCCAUUUUAAUGAUGACAGUCAUCAUGGAAAAAACUAUUGAGUAGAAUUCCAUGUAUAUGCUAAGAAUAUGCAUCUGUCUUCGUUUUUGGACUAUGAAAAUUCUUCAGACAAUCAUCAUGGUGGAGACUACGGUUAUAAUGCACAGUACUAAAUGUAUUGCGGCAUGCAACUGAGAACCAAUAGGCAAUAAGUGAACUGAGAACAAAUAGGCAAUGAGUGAACUGAGCCCUUGUAUGUAGUCACAUUUUAAUCUUUGUGGUAGCCAGUAAUGAGGCCAUCUUCAUCACCUUACAGAAGCUGGAAGACAGCGCGUGCAGAUUCACCCGUUGUAUCGGCAUUCUGAUGUCAAUAUUUCCAUCUAUUUCUCGUUGAGAGAGAAUGCCUAACAACAUGGUGUCCUUCGUCAGUGCAGUCUACAGAGAGCUUACAGAGACCUAGAAAGAAAGGCAGAGGAGCCCUGGGUUUGGUUAAACCCGGCUCUGCCUUUUCUAUCCCAGAAACUCGUCCAGGGACCCAGGUGAGCGAGUUCAGGGAUGAUGCUGCAACUCCCCUUUGUAACAUUACCCUGCCUCUCGGUGGUGAGUGAGGUUUUCCUCUGUGGAUCAUUUUAGUUCAGUUUGAAAUGCGGAGUUCAUAGAUGGGAAAUCCCAUUCUUUCUGAUUUGCAAUUGUUUUCAUUUCUCGGGCGACGAGCUUGGUGGCGGCAGUGCUCGAAGCUAGAGAGGACAAAAGAUGGAUGGGGCCCGUGAUCAAGUUCUCUCUUCCGAGUUUCAGGUCAGAUUCUCGCCACCCACUUUGAGAUAUGAAAUUGCCGGUUGCUCUGAGCGAUCGAUCUUUGACGGCUGAUGUUCUGCUGCAUGAAAUGAUUACAGCGGCAGAACCGUGCAUAAUCCUCUCCUCCUCAAGUACUCGUGCCAUGUGAAGUGCAGGUCUGUUUCUCCUUCUCUCAAUCUCAAGCAUAGCGUACGAGGGGAGUGGGGGAAGGGGGGGCGGAUCUAUGUUAUUGUUGUCUGGUCCGUGGUGGCCUCCUUGGCUGAUUUGGUAGGGUGUCGCCUUCCUAUGUGAUCUUGGCGGAGGGCACGGGCACGAGUACCUGAGAAGCUUGAGAUCAAAGCUUGUUAGCAGCGGCAUAUUUUUGGUGCAGGGUGCGACCGGUGGAGCCCGCCAGGCUGUACGCUCCGGGGAGCGGGAAUCGGAACGACGGCGAAGAAGGGAAAUCCGCUCAGCCCGCCGGCGACGAGGCUUCUCGAAGCCUCGGGGUCUCCGUGCUACUGUCCAAACCCAUCCUGGCUCUCGAGUUCAGUUCGCUCGAGAUGCGGGUCGGAGCGCCUUCGGUUGUUGGCGGACCUCCUGCGGGUUGA